AUGGCCAAGCCAGGCCUGCUCUGGCUGCUGCCGCUGGCCACGCUGUGCUACCUGAGCUGGGGCGCAGCUGUUGGGACCCCCUCGUCACCCACCGCCUGUACCGAUGGGCCCAAGUUCUGGUGCCAAGGCCUGGAGCAAGCCCUGCGGUGCCGAGCCCUGGGCUACUGCCUACAGGAAGUGUGGGGACACGCGGGCUCUGACGAGCUGUGCCUGGAGUGCAAGGCCCUGGUCCCCAUCCUCAUCAAGAUGACCAAGCAAGCCAUUUUCGAGGACAAGAUGCGGAAGUUCCUGGAGAGCGAGUGUGACCAGCUGCCCCUGAAGCUGCUGGUGCCUCAGUGCCACCAUCUGCUGGACUUCUACUUCCCCAUGGUCAUCAGCUACUUCCAGAACCACAUCAACCCCCAGGCCAUCUGCGAGCACCUGGGCCUGUGCCAGUCCGAGCCCCCUGGAUCGCCGGAGCCAGGGCAGGAGCUGGAGCUGCCCCCCGGGCUGCUGGACCAGCUGGCCCUCCCCGCGCUCCCCGGGGGCCUCCUCAUUCCAGCAGGACCUCACACACAGGAUCUCUCCGAACGCAAGUUCCCCAUCCCGCUGCCCAUCUGCUGGCUCUGUAAGACUCUGCUCAGGCGGGUCCAGUCUGUGAUCCCCAAGGGGGUGCUGGCCCUGACCGUGGCCCAGGUAUGCCACGUGGUACCCCUGGUGGCAGGAGGCAUCUGCCAGUGCCUGGCCGAGCGCUACACGGUCCUCCUGCUGGACGCGCUGCUGGGCCGGAUGCUGCCCCAGCUGGUCUGCGGCCUCAUUCUCCGCUGCUCCAGCGAGGACACUGCGGGCCCAGCCCUCCCCGUGCUGGGGUCCCGGUCUGCAGAGUGGCUACCACAGGACUCCGACUGCCGCCUCUGCAUGCUCGUGAGCGCGAAGGCGGGGAACAGCAGUGAGCUGGCCCUGCCCCAGGCCCUGAGCCAGGCCUGCAUCGACUCCGGGCUGGAGCAGCUGAAGUGCCAGCAGUUCGUGACACAGCACACGGCCCGGCUGCAGAGCAUUCUGUUCCAGGGCUGGGACGCCCGCUCCACCUGCCAGGCCCUGGGGGUGUGUGAGACCAACUCCAGCCCCCUGCAGUGUGUGCACGGCCCCAACUUCUGA